UAGACAGACUCAUGUCGAUUAAGUUUCCUUUCCCUCUACUUUCUCUUGCCUUACAGAUUAAGUUCCGAAGAUGAGCCAUGUCCAAGUCAAUGAAAUUUCUACACUCCUCUCCGCAUGUCCUUCCUUCAUGGCGAAGAACAAAAACACGAUCACCCAAACAGUGAAUAAGGCAUCUACUUCUACUUGCAGUUCCACUGAUGAUACUGCUUCAGUGAUCAACCCGGUUCUUGAAACUGGUAUGACUACUACUGUAGGGCAUUAUUUAGCAGACUACGAGGUUUGGUCGGAGCAUAAAGGCAUCACCUUUCCUCCUUCAACCAACGAUCGGUGUAACCAUAGUUUGAAUCAGAGCGGAGAAGAGAAGUGGGCAAAACACUACAGUAACCGCCACAAGAUUCUGUUGGUGGGCGAAGGAGACUUUUCCUUCUCCGCCAGUUUAGCGGCGGCAUUUGGGUCGGCUUCUAACAUCACUGCAACUUCCUUGGACUCUGAAAGGGGUUUAUGGAAAGUUUAUGACAGAGCUGUUUACAACAUUGGAGAAUUGAUGAGAAAGGGAUGCAAGGUGAUUCAUGGUGUUAAUGCUGCUGUCAUGGAUUCUCAUCCCUGCUUGAAGGGCUUGAUAUUUGAUCGUAUAAUUUUCAAUUUUCCAUUUGCUGUCGUGUCCAAGAAAAGCAAAAAAUCUCGACCUCGUCCACACCGAGUCCUGGUAAAGGCAUUUCUGAGAGCUGGCAGGGAGAUGAUUUGUGAAAACGGUGAAAUCCAUAUCACUCAAAGAACGGAUGGGGUUCUUGGUGAAUUGAGAAUAGAAUCCAUUGCGUUUCAGCAGAAGCUUGAACUUGUUGGAGUUGAUGAUUUCAAUGUUUUUGAUUAUCCGGGUUACAGCCCUAAAUGGGAAACAGGAAGCUAUAAUAAUGCAGACUACUUUCCUAGUAAAACUUACAAGUUCUGACGUAGUAGUCCUCAUCAUCAUCCACCCC